AAACGUGAAGCUCGUGGAGGGGGGAAUUGCAAACACAAAAAUAUCUCUCCAGUGUCCGUCCUUCCUUCCAACUUUGUGCGAUCUGUCUCUCUCUAAAGAUGACUCGGGGUACGCUUGAGGUUCUCCUCGUGAGUGCAAAGGGUCUUGAGAACACCGAUUUCCUCAACAACAUGGAUCCUUAUGUCAUCCUCACUUGCCGCACUCAGGAGCAGAAAAGCAGUACUGCUUCAGGACAAGGGUCGGAACCAGAAUGGAAUGAGAAUUUUGUGUUUACCUUAUCCGACAACAUUUCAGAACUCAAAUUGCAGAUAAUGGACAGCGACGCUGGUACUAGUGAUGAUAUCGUUGGGGAGGCAACCAUUCCACUAGAUGCGUUGUUUACUGAAGGAAGCAUCCCAGCGACAGCAUACAACGUAGUUAAGGACCAAGAAUAUCGGGGAGAGAUUAGAGUUGGCCUCACUUUCACCCGGGAGGAGGAGCAUCGAAGCAGAGGUUAUAAUGCAGAAGAGGAAAAUCUUGGAGGAUGGAAGGAGUCUUCAUUCUGAGACUCAACUCUACGGCAGCUUGUUUCUCUCUAUUUGCACGUGUGACCAGAGAAGGAAUAAAAUUGAGACACUAGAGGGACAGGAGAUGUUUUGUGUGUGUGUUUUUUUUGGUACCAGUAUCAUUUUCUUCAUAAAUUGUGGAAGCUUCUAUGAUGUCUGACUUCGGAAUUUGAUGUUUGGUGAAUGUUUAUGUAUUCAGUACU